AUGCAGUAUCGGGCUGUCGUCAUUCAGGGCCGCCAUGGGCGCUUUGGGGUGGCAGUGAGCGCGGCCUUGGCCUUGGGCGUUCUGCGAGGCGGCUUGACGGCAGCUUCGCCUUGCACUCGCCGCACCGGCCUGGGCGCUGCGGCACAUCGAGGCCUCGGGAUCAGCGUGGGUCCCUCCACGCGCCGAAUCGCUGCUCCCGUGUUGCUCGGCUUCGGGAUGCGCGACGGGGGGAGCGACAUCGUUGAUUGCGUUGCUGCUGCCGCCAUGCUGCGACCAGCUGACGGGCGUGACAACGCCACCACCAAUGCCACCGACGCUGAUUCCGUCGUGGUUGAUUCCGCCGCAGCCGAUUCCGCCGCGGCUGAUUCCGCCGCAGCUGAUUCCGCCGCGACUGAUUCCGCCGCGGCUGAUUGCGGCGCAGCCGAUUCCGCCGCGGCUGAUUGCGGCGCAGCCGAUUCCGCCGCGGCUGAUUGCGGCGCAGCCGAUUCCGCCGCGGCUGAUUGCGGGGCUGCACAUUCCGGCGCGGCGGAGUCCAGCGCAGCAGUUUCCGGCGCACCCGAAGCGGCGCAGUCGCACGCUGCAGGGUCCGACGCACCAGUUUCCGAGGAUGCGCAUUCUCACGCACCAGUUUCUGACGCCAUGGCGUCGUGCUUGCAUCCCGCGGCGGCGUCAGUGCGAUGGCCGUUGUUGGUGCUGUCGCUCAGCGGCUGUACGCGCCGUGAUGCGCUCGACUUCUCCCCGCCGAGGCUCUUCCAGAAUCUCAGCGCUGCAGAAUACGACUCGCGCAAUGGGGCCAUGCUAAGGUAA